CAAAGAAAAAAAAAAAAAAAAAAAGUAAAAACGAAAAUCGUUUCUCAACAGAAAAAGUAGAAACGAGAGGAAGAGAGAGAGAGUCUGUCUAGGAACAGAACAAUUCGAUAGAGAGAGAGAGUCGCCGUAAUUUUUCGAUACAUCUUCGGAAAUCUCUGCGAUCUCGGGUGGAAAGUGUGUGUUCGGUAGCCGGAUUCUGCUUUGAUAUUGAAAUCGAUUUUUUCUUUCUUCUUUUGGCGGUGAGCGGAGAUGGUGAAUUCAAUGGUGGAACGAGCCACGAGCGACAUGCUGAUCGGUCCAGAUUGGGCCAUGAACAUAGAGAUCUGCGAUACGCUUAAUCACGACCCUGGACUACAUAGUUUGAUGCUGUAAGCUGGCUUCUGGAGGUGGGAGAACCGUUUUUAACAUGUUAAUGAAGAAUGGCUAUAUCAGCCAUGGAAGCUCUUCAUGAACAUUCAAGACAGUAGCACAUAUUUAUCUACUGGAGACAGUCGUAAAGAAUUGUGGGGACAUUGUUCAUAUGCAUGUAGCAGAGAAGGAUGUACUUCAUGAGAUGGUGAAGAUAGUAAAAAAGAAGCCUGACUUUCAUGUCAAAGAGAAGAUAUUGAUCCUGAUAGAUACUUGGCAAGAAGCUUUUGGUGGACCGAGGGCAAGAUAUCCACAGUAUUAUGCUGCAUACCAAGAAUUGUUGCGUGCUGGGGCAGUAUUCCCUCAGAGAUCUGAAAGGCCUGCACCUAUAUUCACACCUCCACAAACACAUCCUUUGACAUCAUAUCCUCAUAAUAUACGCUAUCCUGACAAUCAGCAAGAAACAGCUGAAUCAUCUGCAGAGUCUGAGUUUCCAACCUUGAGCCUGUCUGAAAUUCAGAAUGCACGCGGCAUCAUGGAUGUCCUUACCGAAAUGCUAAGCGCAAUAGAGCCUGGGAAUAAAGAGGGGCUUAGGCAGGAGGUUAUUGUUGACUUGGUCGAACAGUGCCGUACAUACAAGCAGAGAGUGGUGCAUCUUGUUAACUCGACUUCGGAUGAAUCACUGCUGUGCCAAGGACUAGCACUUAAUGAUGACUUGCAGCGUGUACUGGCUAAGCAUGAAGCAAUUGCUUCAGGAACUUCUCUUCCAACAGAGAAACCAAAGCCUGAACCUGUUAGAGCACUUGUUGACGUUGGUGGUCCUCUAGUUGAUACUCAUCCCAGUGGGAGAUCCACCUCGGGUGCUAGUGCAGAGGUGCAGCCACUGAACCAGUUGUUGCUUCCUGCUCCUCCUCCAACUAAUGCUGCAGCUCCUUCAGCAAGAGUUGAUCCCAAAAUAGACCUGCUCAGUGGUGACGACUAUAGCUCACCCAAGGCAGGAACUUCAUUGGCUCUUGUUCCCGUGGGAGGACAACAGCCAGCCAGUCCAGUAUCUCAGCAGAACGCCCUUGUUCUCUUUGACAUGUUCUCAGAAACUAACACUCCAAAUUCUGUCAAUACUCAAUCUGCCAAUCUGGCUGGACAAAUCAAUCUGUCAGCUCCACAAAUAGAACAGCAGCGGAGUUUUCAAUCCCCUCAAGGUGGAUUUUACUCGAAUGGAAGUGUCCCAAAUGCUGGACCAUCUCAGUAUGAGCAAUCAAUGAACAUGCAAGGUGCUGGUUCUGCCUGGAAUGGACAGAUUGCACAGCAGCAGCAGCCACAUUCGCCCGCCUAUGGUGCUCAAAGUAGCUCAUCAUUACCACCUCCACCUUGGGAAGCCCAGCCUGUGGACAACGGUAGUCCAGUAGCAGGUGCUCAAUACUCUCAACCGGUGCAACUUACUCAAAUGGUUGUUGCGCAUGCACCGAGUGGUGCACAUUCUUCUCUGGGACCUCAACCAAUGGGGAAGGACCAGGUAGUAGGUAUGUAUAUCCAGCCAAUUACAAGCAGCCAUUUGUCGGCAAUCAAUAGCCAGGUUGGUCAGAGCCAGCAGUUGGGUUGGCACUCUCAGCCAAUCCAGGGAGGGCCGUAUAUGGGAAUGCUUCCACAGCCAAUGCAAACUGCCCAGAUGGCAUCAAUGUAUCCUCAACAAAUGUAUGGGAACCAAUUUGCAGGUUAUGGCUAUGGUCAGCCACAAGGGGUGCAAUACCUAGAGCAGCGCAUGUACGGAUUAUCUGUUAGUCAUGAUAACAAUGGCUUGCGAAACUCCUACCAGGUUUCAACUUCAUCUUAUAUCCCACCUAACAAGCCUUCUAAGCCAGAGGAUAAGCUCUUUGGGGAUCUUGUUGACAUGGCAAAAGUGAAAUCAACGAAACCCACUCCUGGUAGAGCUGGUAGCAUGUGAAGUCAUGGCUGGUUUUGGUGCUUCUUAUUCUGUUGCUUAUUUUUUUUUUUGCUAACUAGCUUUUUUUUCUUCCCUCUCUCUAUAAUUUUUUAAUAUCUAUCAUCUCCAACUAGCAAUGUUUUACACUUUACAACCGAACUACCAAAAUUGGCACAUUGCAUCCUCCAAUCAUCAGUUUUUGUUAAAUAGAACUCUUCAUCCAAGUUUGGCUGUUAAGAUUUUAUAGGGAGUGUUAUUUGACAGUCAAAAAUAGUUGAAGAAUGCAAUGUGACAGUUAAGUAGUUCAAGAUGUGAAAUGUAAAAUACUUGCUAGUUGGAGAGUGAAAAGUGUAUUUUCCCAAUAUAUAUCUUUGUUUUUCGCCCGCAUUUGUGUGCUUAUCUGGCAUUGGGGAUCUUGUACAUUCCUUGUAGAGACACCAAAAAAAAACAAAAAAAGGACAAAAGAUGGAUACCUCCCAGUGGAUGAAGACGACGUUAAUGAAAUUUCAAUUUUUUUGUCCUCCAA